CUCCUAUCGAUCGAUUUGGUUAAUACCUCUUCUGAGUUCUUUGAAUUUUCUCUAGAAAAUGUCUUGCUGCGGAGGAAACUGUGGUUGUGGAUCCGGCUGCAAAUGCGGCAGCGGAUGCGGAGGUUGCAAAAUGUACCCUGACUUGGGCUUUUCCGGCGAGACGACCACAACUGAGACUUUUGUCUUUGGCGUUGCACCAGUGAUGAAGAACCAGUACGAGGCUUCCGGCGAGGGUAACGCUGAGAACGAUGCAUGCAAGUGUGGACCUGACUGCAAGUGUGACCCUUGCACCUGUAAAUGAAUAAAAAAACUUUUUCAAGAAGGCAGAGAUAAUCAGAGUCUUUAAUUAAGAAAUAAUAUAACUCUAACGAUGUAUUAGGUCAGCUGGUAUGUGUUAUAAUGGCUGCAACCUUGUCAAUAGUUUUUUUUUUUUUUUUUGUAACCGAAC